GAGAGCUUGAGAGUUUUUGGUGUUGCAAGUCACGGCGAGUACAGCCAACGAGGUGUUUGCACCAGCCAAGCAGAAAUGCCGUGCAUGGGCAGCUCCCCCGCUUGACCAAGGUAGAUCCGAUACCUAUCCGAUGCCUAUCCCCCCAACUCUCCCCCACAUACAGCCAGUCUACAACAGAGCGGAAUUAUGUGCACACCCAUGCCUACCAUAACAUGAAUAUGCUGCGCUUCCUGCCACCGGUGGAAGCUGGGCACUUUCGUCCAGAAGCUUCAUACGCGGAUGUUACCCUUGCCCAGCACCUCACACUCGAUCAACGACGAUGGAGAACCUCAAACGUCAACCACCACCACCCGCCUUGACCGAACGUCAUAGCGGCAUACCCUCGCGUCUAUAUGGCAUUGCCCAAGAGGCCAAAAAUCGGCUAUACUCGAAUAAAACCGUUCCUGAAUCCGUACCACGACGCGCCGAUGUUCGAUUACCUCCCGAUACAACGCGCGACGAGUUCGACAUUGCGAUAGCUGCGCUGAAGCGGGAUAUUGGCGAUGACAACGUCGUUCUGAACAACCAGCCCUUGGUCGAUGGGUGGUAUCUUGAACAUCCUAAUACACAUGAUGCCUUCCAUGUUGUCGAUCAAGAAGAUCUGGUCUGUAGCGCUGUCGCAUAUCCCGGAUCAACCGGAGAGGUUCAGGUGGUCGUGAGGUGGGCGAACAAGUAUGCCAUACCUAUCUACCCAAUAUCGAUGGGCAGGAACGUUGGCUACGGUGGGACCGCACCACGUGUGCCAGGCUCUAUUGUUGUGGACCUAGGCAAGAGAAUGAACAAGAUAUUGAACAUCGACGCUGAAAAUGCGUCGUGCGUCGUGGAGCCCGGUGUCUCAUAUUUUGCGCUGUACGAGGAGGUGCAACGAAGGAAACUUCCGUUGUGGAUCGAUACCCCAGACCUUGGUGGUGGAAGCGUGUUGGGCAAUGCCAUUGAUAGGGGUGUUGGGUACACUCCAAUGGGGGAUCACUUUGCUUGUCAUUGUGGCAUGGAGAUUGUACUGCCAAAUGGAGAGAUCCUACGGACUGGUAUGGGCGCUAUGCCAGGGAAGAAUGGCGCCGACAACCCAACAUGGCAGUCCUUUCAGCCUGCGUACGGGCCUUAUUCAGAUGGCAUAUUCUCGCAGAGUAAUUUCGGCAUCGUCUGCCAGAUGGGAUUUUGGCUAAUGCACGAAACUGGUCAUCAAUCAUACAUGAUCACAUUUCCAAGUGAAGAGGACUUUCCGGAUAUCGUCGAAGCAAUCCGACCACUGGCACAAAAGCGAAUCCUCGGAAACAUCCCUCAGCUCAGACAUGUAGUCCAGGAACUGAACGUGACGGGCCUUCCAAAGUCGCAUUGGUACGCCGGCUCCUCGCCUAUCCCACGAGACAUAAUUCAGAAGCACGCUGCGCAAUUGCCCUGCGGCGACUGUUCGUGGGUGUUCUAUGGAACACAGUACGGAGAUGAAACCAGCAUCGAAACACAACUCGAUAUCAUUCGAUCGGCUUUUGCAAACAUUCCCGGUUCACGAUUCUUUCUACCGUCGGACCUACCGGAUGACCAUUACAUCCAUUCGCGAGCAUUGGUUUGUAGUGGUGUCCCUAUCCUUCGAGAGCUCGACUGGCUAAACUGGAAGCCCAAUGCUGCGCACUUGUUCUUCUCACCAAUUACUCCGACUCGUGGUGCAGAUGCAAAGAUAGUUCACGAUAUCAACAUUCGUCUGCACAAAAAGUACGGAUUCGAUCUCUUUCCAACACUAUGCGUAGCUGGUCGCGAGAUGCACUAUAUCACAAACAUCAUUUACGACCGCUCGUCCAAUGAUGAAAAACGCCGUGUCGCAGGUCUAAUGCGGGAACUCAUUGCAGAAACGGCACGAGAAGGUUAUGGAGAGUAUCGAACCCAUGUGCUAUUUGCUGACCAAGUCGCCGGUACAUACAACUGGAAUAACAACGCUCUGAUGCGAUUCAAUGAGACUAUCAAGGAUGCACUCGAUCCUAACGGAAUCCUCGCCCCAGGGAGGAACGGGAUCUGGCCCAAAAACUAUCGCGGCAAAGGCUGGGAAUUGCUUGGAGACAGGGUGGAGAAAGCCAUUGGGGGCGGCACCAUCUCGCCAAAACUAUGA